AUGGGAGACGCAUCAGAGAGCCAGUUUAACCACUCCCCAAUCUGCACAACAUGUUCUAAGGAGAUUUUCUCAAAAAUAGCCCCUCUCCUACGGAACGACUCCCCAGACCCAUUUGCAACGGUGGAACAUUCACAUACCUCGACUCUCUCGAUACUGCUCCGAAACGCACCCAACUGCAGCUGGUGCAAGGAGAUAAUCGACGCACUGGAAGAGUUCAAGCAUCUUGAGAGAUUAGAGGAUUCUACAUCUACUUCCUUGACUGUCUCCUUGGUGAUACGGCAUUACUGGAAUGUCGCCCCGGUCGGCCGGUAUACGGUUGUCUUGGCUGUUGUCGAAGAUGGGAACGCGAUUGUCAUGCGGUAUUAUGAGAUGUUUUCUUACGAUGGCACGACACCAGCCAUCUCCCCAGAACAUGCUGAUCAUAUGGCACGGAAGAGCCUACUGCACAGAGCGGCGCAAAAAAUGAAAGACUGCCAGGAGAACCAUACCUACUGUCAUCCGGGAGGUAGCUUCUUCCCCACGAGAGUCAUCGAUGUAUGGGCCGAUCCCACAAGAGAGAGUAGAGUGCGACUGCACGAAGACAAAAACACCAUCGCGCCCUACGCAGCCCUGAGCUACUGCUGGGGUGGGCCACAGCCUCUAGCGACAACCAGCAGGACAUACCUAUCGCAUAUCGAGCAUGGGUUCGAGAUAUCCGACACUCCCCCAACCAUCCAAGACGCGAUUGCUACGACGCGAACACUAGGUCUGCGGUACUUGUGGAUCGAUGCAAUUUGCAUCAUUCAAGAUUCAGAGGCGGAUAAACAGCAUGAGAUUUCGCAUAUGCGUUCUAUAUAUAAGAACUCGUACAUUACUAUCGUGGCUACAACGACUAGAAGUGUCUCUCGUUCAUUCCUGGACCAUGUUGCCCCUCUGCGCACUGAACUGAGAAUACCCACGCAUGACCAUUCAGAUGCUCAGAAAAGGGGUGUUUUGCAUUUCCGACAGCGGCUUGAUCCAACUUCCACCCUUGCAGAGGACAAACACAGACGAGCCUGGACACUUCAGGAGCGGCUACUCUCCCCACGAGAUCUAAUCUUCAGAGACAACAGUCUGGUAUGGCAAUGUCGUGAGAACGACGAAAUGAUCUUCGGGGAAGUACACGGCUCACAAACAUCCGGAUCAAAUCAGCUCCCACUCAGCAUGUUAUCCUACAAUCAGGACUCAGACAUGCCUCCAGGAAUCCAGAUCAGGGACGUCGAAAGAGUAUGGGGCGAACUCCUUUCUGACUACGGCGACCGGGACCUCACGAACGCCGAAGAUAAACUGAUUGCAUUAGCUGGAAUCACGGAAGAGUUCCACCGUGUCUUUGAAGGUAGAUAUCUAGCUGGUCUGUGGGAGCGAAACCUACCACAGGAGCUGGUGUGGGCGAUUGCCAACCCACAACCUCCCAUGAGAGAGUACACAGCUCCCUCGUGGUCAUGGGCAUCAGUGAAAGGGAAGGUGAUGACUUUCCCGUGGAUGACUGCCAGGGACUUUGAGGUUCUUGAAUGCCAGGUGGACCUCGCAACAGAGCAACUACCAUUCGGUGCUGUGACGGGCGGCUAUUUAAAGGUCAAGGGCGUCCUGAAGGAGGCAAAAUUUGACAUUAUAGAUCAGUUUCUCCUUCCACUUCUUCUUCCCAAGAAAGACCAGGAUGAAUGCGUUGAGAUCGGGACCGUAUUGCUGGAUGCGUUACCCGAUGAGAUCUUGGACGGCUCCAUUACAGCCCAGAGCCGUAUACGAAAGCGCAUAUGGUGUCUCCAGGUGACUUGGGCCGUUGGCCCUGGAUCUGUGGGAAUGGCCUUGGUCCCGGCUCAUGAUCACACAUUUCGGCGUAUAGGGAAAUUCAGCGCUCCUGGGAAGAAGGACUGGUUUUCUGGUAGCGAGAAGCAAAUAGUCAUCAUAGAAUAA